AUGGAGGAUAUGAUGAUGGUGAUGAUGAAGAUGAGAAGCCACGAAAAUUCUCUCUCAAACCCUCACCACCCAAAUUACAACAAUAAUGAUAUCAUGAAUAUCCCAAUUACCAGCAGAGGCACCCCAACCUGGAAACUGUACGAAAACCCCUUUUACAAUCAUCCCACACCACAACACCACUUACAAAUUCAGCCGAACCAAGAUCCGGACCAAAUCCACCUUCUCCACCUCCCUCUCUCAGCCGCCAAAAUUGCUACCUCCUUUUGGGACCUCACAUUCAUAAACCCACUACUGAUGGAAUCCCGGCUCGAGUCUGAAUGCAAGGCCAGAAAGAAAAUGGAGAGCCUCAACAAAAGGCUGAGAAGGGAACUCAAGGAAGAGAGAAAAGCUCGGGAGGCCCUCCAACGGACUUGCCAGGAGCUUGCUAAACAAAUCAGCCACAACACAGCUGAAACAAACGCAAUGAAAAAGGAAAUUGAAGAGGAGAGGAAAAUGCUACGCAUGGCCGAGGUCAUCCGUGAAGAACGCGUGCAGAUGAAACUCGUCGAUGCCAAGAUCCUUCUUGAAGAGAAAUUGUCCGAGUUGGAGAUGGCAAAAAUUGUUAGUAUGGGAAAAGAAGUUAUGGAUAAUAGAGAUUGCAAUGAAAAGGUUAUUGUUUGUAGGUCGAACCCUCACAUCAAGAGAGGGGUCAAAGGUUUCGUUGAGUUUCCGAGGAUUGUUCGAGCGGUCGGCUGCAAGAGCCGUAAGCAUAUGGGGAUGAGUAGGCUGGAGUGUCAUAAAGCUCAUCUCAAGCAGAAAGAGAGUGUUAUGUUUCAUGGAAUUAAUCAUGGCGAGCUAAGUGUUUCUUGA